GGAGGAAGUGGCUCCCAGGAGGAGACGACCACCUUCGUGAAAGGGACGAAGACGAAGAACACACUUAUUCCCUGGAUAUGCUUUUGAUAAACCCUAAACCCUUGGGCGAUGGAGGUAGCUCUAGCGCCGCGCCAGGGAUUGUCGCCGCAGUGGAAUGUGGAUGAUCGGCGGCGGCGGCGAUGGCAGCAGCGCGUGGAUUGUCGCGUUGGAUUCUCCAGGGCCGCGAAUGCGAGCGGCGGUGUGAUGCUAGGGCGGAAGUUCGAGGUGGAGCACGUCCUCGAGGCGCAGCAAUUCGACCGGGAGCUGCUGGAGGGGAUCUUUGGCGUGGCCAAGGAGAUGGAGGCGAUCGUGGAGGGGAGAUCCGGCGGCGGCUCCACGAUGCUCAAGGGAUAUCUCAUGGCGACGCUGUUUUACGAGCCAUCGACGAGGACGAGGCUGUCGUUUGAGUCGGCCAUGAAGCGCCUGGGUGGAGAAGUGCUCACCACGGAGAAUGCUCGCGAGUUCUCGUCGGCUGCCAAAGGGGAGACGCUCGAAGACACGAUCAGGACGGUGGAAGGCUACUCGGAUAUAAUCGUGAUGAGACACUUUGAGAGUGGAGCUGCCAAGCAAGCUGCCGCUGUGUCGAGCAUCCCAGUGAUCAAUGCUGGCGAUGGACCUGGGCAGCAUCCCACGCAGGCACUGCUAGAUGUUUACACGAUUCAGAGAGAGACCGGGCGUCUCGACGGGAUCAAAGUCGGGCUCGUUGGGGACCUUGCCAACGGAAGAACUGUUCGAUCUCUGGCCUACUUGCUCGCCAAGUACGAUGGUGUCAAGUUCUACUUCGUCUCUCCAGACGUGGUGAAGAUGAAGGAUGAUAUCAAAGAGUAUCUUACCUCCAAGAACAUAGAGUGGGAAGAGUCGAAGGAUCUCAUGGAAGUGGCAUCCAAAUGCGAUGUCAUUUACCAGACGCGCAUUCAACGCGAGAGAUUUGGCGACAAGAUCGAGCUCUACAACCAGGCCCGUGGAAAGUACAUUGUGGACCGCAAAGUAGUGGAUGUGCUUCAAAGCCAUGCCGUUGUUUUGCAUCCUCUUCCCAGGCUUGACGAGAUUACCACAGAAGUAGAUGUCGAUCCAAGAGCUGCGUAUUUUAGACAGGCCAAAAAUGGUCUUUUCAUUCGUAUGGCGUUGCUGAAGUUGCUAUUGCUUGGGUGGUGAUUGAAACUAAGUUCAUAAAUGAUAAAACACUCGCCAAACGCGAUUGUAGAACGGAAGAAGCAAGACUUUGGAAACCAUUGUCCCUUCAUCCUGGAUAGCGUGUGCCUCUGCUGGCCAGGCUCACGGAACUGCUCCACUCUCUUUUCAAUCUUUACGCAGCAGCUGCGCCGGAAUUGUCAUCUUCCACAAGCAUAUAGUCCUGGAUCAGCUGCAGAAACUCGGGGCACUCUUCGAAGCUCUGGUAUGGAGCGGUGAGCUUGUCGACCACGAAUCGGAGGAUCCAUUUCUCAUCACUGUUUAGCUUCUCAAGGACAUUCUUUUUAGCUUGCGGUGGGCAUCCAUGGCGUGGGAACAUGCAGCCACCGCAUCCAGUUGUUUGGGAAUUUGUCCAUCGAUACACGAUCCUGUGUGUUCAUCCAAA